CUAGUAGUCAUUUCUCUAUAAUAUACACAGCAGUCACGUGUGAUCUGAUGUACGAUGUUCCCCAACCCAUAAAUCGACUCUCUGCCAUUUCUGAACAUUUCUGCAAACCCAUCUCACUAUUUUGUAAACCUUCAAGCGUUUAUUUUACUGCUAAUAAUGGCAAUUGAAUUGAGUGGAGCAGAUUGCAUAAUCUUGAAAGAGAGUCGAUUGUUGCAAACCUUACAAGUGUUUCCAAAUGUUGGUGGAAUAAACCACCAAUUCAAUCCCUCAUAUAAGCAUUUUAUAUUUAUAUUAGUAUUAAUUUAUGUAUGUAUACAGUAUAGUUGUUGUAAUGUACGGGUAGUUCUGUCAAGGUUUGCUCUGAUAGUGGUUGUGGCAGAACUUUUAUGGUCCGGGCGUUUCUGCAGUCUGCACCUCGUAAUUAUCCCAAAAGUCAUAAAUCCCAGUAAUUAUUGUUUCCUUGCAAUUUUCAGUUUUCCCUCUUUGCUUGUCCUAUUUUGAUUGAUCUCCAGUAUUCAUAAAGGGAAAGAAACAUUAGUGGUGCAAAAAUUGGAGAAAUGGGUGACUCUGUCGGCACUGUUUCAGUGCCACCACGGCCCAAGUCGCCGCCGGAAUACCCAGAUUUGUAUGGGAAACGUCGAGUGUUAGCCAAGGUUCAGAUUCUGGAAAGGGAGAUCAGCUUUCUUGAGGAAGAAUUAAAAUCAGUCGAAGGCCUUCAACCUGCUUCACAAUCCUGUAAAGAGAUUGCUGAUUUUGUAACUGGAAACUCGGAUCCUCUUAUUCCUACCAGAAUGAAGAAAGUUCACAAAUCUCGUCGCUUCUGGAAAUGGCUCAGAGGAACGUCCUGUUUCAACAUUCCAUGGAUUUGCUAUUGUCCUAAAUGCCCUCGUCUUCAUAUGCCACACUGUUGUGACUGCAAUUUGUGUAACCUCGACCCAUGCAUCUGCUGUUCGAUGCCCAAGUGCCACUGUUCGUCGUGUUUCAAUACUCGAUGCUGUAACAUGUGUGACGGUAGUUGUAGACUGUGUCACUGCAUUCCCAAAUGUCCGUCCUGCUCGAUUUAUUUUUGUUUUCCCAGAAAAUGUACAUGUUGGUAUCCUAAAUGUCCAAAGGUAAAUAUAUGUUCCCCUUGUGACAAAAGCUGCUGCUACUGCUACCCUUGCUACUUGUGUUGCUAGUAUAUUAUGCAGUAAUUUUAAAUGUAAACUUGAUAUAUUUGCCUUUUUAAAUUGUUGUUCCAAAUGUAACUUAGACAGUGCAAUGUAAUUCAUUUUGUCUCA